UAUAACAGUAGCUCUCUCGAACCCUUUGAGGCACAUAGAUAUAGAAAAUAGUUACUACUAAGAAGUCUUGCUAUAGAACAGUGACCAUGGCUUCAAACUGCUCUCACCAAGAACCAUGGCUCUUGGAAAAUGGCAACCUCAAGAGCUUGACCAAGGAGACGCGGCACGGCCAUGGCCGCACUGCACACAACCUGUCUUCCUCGUCGCUCCGAAAGAAGUCAGACCUCACACUUAUCUCAAAAAUUCCUUAUGGAUGUCUUCGACAGAUGUUGGCUAAUCUUCAAGAGGUUGUUUUUGGGACUAAGCUUUUUGUUCUCUUCCCGGCCGUCCCCCUAGCCAUUCUAGCCGGGUGUUAUGGUUUUGGAAGACCCUGGGUUUUCGCUUUGAGCUUACUUGGACUGGUACCACUUGCUGAACGUGUCAGCUUCUUGACAGAACAAAUAGCUUAUUACACUGGUCCGACAGCUGGAGGGCUCCUUAAUGCAACAUGUGGGAAUGCCACAGAGCUGAUCAUCGCAAUUUUUGCUCUGAGGGAACGUAAAAUAGCAUUGGUCAAGUAUUCUCUCUUGGGCUCAAUUCUUUCCAACCUUCUUCUGGUUCUUGGGACUUCUCUCUUUUGUGGUGGCCUUUACAACCUUAGAAGCGAACAAAAAUACGACAGAAGACAAGCGGAUGUGAACUCCCUCCUGCUGCUGUUGGCGUUGUUGUGCCACUUGCUACCGAUGUUGUUUCGGUAUGCCGGGGCCUCGGCGGCUUUGACAGCCGACCCAACGCUCCAACUGUCGAGAGCCAGCAGCAUCGUUAUGCUAAUUGCAUACACUGCGUACCUCGUCUUCCAAAUGUGGACACACCGCCAAUUGUUUGAAGCCCCGGAGGAAUCCGAGGAUGAUGACGAUGUUCCAGAAGAAGCGGCGGUGAUAGGAUUCUGGAGUGGAUUUGCUUGGUUGGUCGGGAUGACCUUAAUCAUAGCUUUGUUGUCAGAAUAUGUCGUGGGUACAAUUCAGGAUGCAGCAGAGUCGUGGGGCUUGUCUGUCAGCUUCCUCAGCAUAAUCUUGCUACCAAUUGUUGGAAAUGCAGCAGAACAUGCCGGAGCAGUCAUAUUUGCUUUUAAGAACAAGUUGGACAUAUCUUUAGGUGUUGCCUUGGGGUCUGCGACUCAAAUUGCUAUGUUUGUGGUUCCAUUGUGCGUGGUUAUCGCUUGGAUUAUGGGCAUCAAUAUGGAUCUUGAUUUCAAUAUCCUUGAGACCGGCUCUCUUGCUUUAGCAAUAAUUGCUACGGCCUUCACUUUGCAGGAUGGAACUUCUCACUAUAUGAAAGGAUUGGUUCUCCUAUUAUGCUACAUUGUUAUUGGAGCAUGCUUCUUCGUAUCCAGACCACCAUUGAACCAAGCAAAUGUCAUCAACUCGGGAGUUAAGAUGACAACAGAAGCAGUUUUCAGAGCUUAAAGCUAAGGGCUUUGCCUUGCGGGGUCACUCUCCAGAAAAGGAUUGCUCCAUUGAAACUUCAACAGAUUCAACGGAAUUUUUAUUCUUUGAUUUUGAUUGGACUCGCCUGUCCGAAAGCCCACAACAGUUUCAUGUGUUUUUUUGCUGGUGAAUGGAAGUUGUCGUGCCCCUAAAGUUGAGAUGGGUUUUAUAUAUAUGGUACCAUCGAAGCUUGAUGAAGAGCGCGCGGCUACAGCUCACACAUAUAUAUAUAUAUAUAUAUAUAUAUAUAUGUAUGGUCUCGUAAUAUAAUGAUUUUGUAGUAGCUCUAUCAGAAAAAAUUAAUAAUGUUUUUGUGCUUUUGUUUCAUAUAAAUGCCCAAGUGUGUUGGCAUACGGCACAUAUAUAUGGGUUGGAUUGCUUCACUCUUGUACUGCAAUAUUAAUAAUUGUUUUUAAUAAAUGGAAAUUGGUGUUGUUUGGGUUUGCAA